GGAAAAUCUGUACAAUAAUGGAAGAAACUGACAGUAAUUCUCGUGUGGCAAGCUUGCUUGCCUAUCAUUUAGUCAAUCUGGUUCUACAAGAGGGUUGCAUGAUUGCAAACGCUGCCUUGGAGUCUGGACACCCUCGUGAAUAUUUGGCAAUGGGAGUGAAUGCUGUAAGAUCGGAUUUGACGUACGUCAUUCGUAGAGGUGAAGAUACCGCGGAAGGCAACUUUAUCGAGGGGACUGAUAAUGCCAAGUUGGAAUCUGAACUAAAUAAUAUCUUGAUGACAUCUACACCACAGAAAAAUGCAGACGAUAAACCUAAAAUAGAAAAUGGCCAAGGAGACGAUCACAAACAGGUGAAACAACAAGAGUUGAACAUCUCUACAUCUUUAUUCAUAAAUCACUUGUUUGACAUAAGUGAACUGGAAUUAGGAAUUAGCGAGAAUGCAAAUCAUACGCAGAAUAUUGAGUACAACGAUUUUCCUUUCUCCAUAAGCAAUGUUAUGGAUUGUUACAUGAAUGCGGCGCUGGACGCGAUCCGUGUAACAGAAGAGAAAGAGAAAGAGUCAGUUGACAAACAAGUUAGAAUUUCAGGAAAUUCUUCCUUUACUUACGUUGAAGGAGUAUUUGAAAAUUAUGAGAAAGAGGAAGUAUUAUAUGUGGAUCAUGACAAUUCACCACGUACAGAGAACGUUUAUGAGAUACCGCAAGAUCCAAUGACGUCACAAAUGGCAUUGCAGUGUGAUCUUGAUAGCAAAAAUGAAAAUUCAGAAUUAUAUGAAAACACGUAUCUUACUUUGAACCGUGAUUACGAUCAAUGUUCUGAUGAGGAGGAGUUUCCUAUCCUAGCGGAUCCCAAAGGGAUGUUGUUGCAAGAAAUUGCGUUGAUGACAGCAAAUACGUCUUUCGAUACUGAACGGUCAUGCAACGAGCACGAGGAAGACAUACAGAACGAUGAAAAGUAUCGACGUGAAAAUUUUGCUACAACUUCCGGAGUCUCUUCGGGCUCUCGCAAAAGCAGAAUAGUUCGUCGGUGGCGUAUGCAAGGAGCCAAGUUCCUGGCCUGCAUCCGGGGCUGGUGGCGACGCAAAUCUACUGGAAAACGCAAGGAAGGGGCGAGCACCCUCCAGCGUCCGCUGUCCCCGGGCGCGCGCCGCCGCGCCUGCAGCCUGCUGGACCAGCGCGUGUCCCCCGCCGAGCUGCCGCGCCGCGCCAAGUGCAACACCAUCAACGAGGCCCUCCUCAACUCCCACCACUGGAUGGACUACACCUUCGAUACUAAACGUACUGAUUGUGGAGAUGUCUAGUUCUGCCGAAAGGUUGAUGAUUUGAUUACCUAAAUGAAAUAAUACACGUCUUAUAAAUAAACUAUUUGAUCUCAUAUUAAUGUUCUUUUCACUGUGAGACUAUAAAAUGUAUAAAUAUUAAAUGGUCAUUCAAUCGAAGCAUCUACGUGACUAAACGUCAGUGACUGACGAUUUGUUCAAUUUAUCGUAAACCUUGAUUCCUAAACAGGUGCUUUUGAAUAAUUUUUCAUUAGCAUAAAAACCGCAAAUUAGCAAAAAUGCCGUCGACAUUAAAUCAAUCAGCGCGGGUCGAGCAGGUAGCUGUCGAACACCUCGAUAUUUCCGAAAGAGAUCCGAUCAAAAUAGUUAUCGAAGAUGUAGAUUUAUCAUUGGAAUAGCAUGUUGGUGUGUUUGGCGAGGGCGGG